CAGAGAAGGGAGACUCAUUCAUGUUUUGCCUCUAGCUGUUAGAAGUUCAGUCGAACGAAAUAGUAUAGGCACGACGCACCGCGAAUGUUGCGAGCCUCGUUUUAACCUCGGAUUAAAUCGAGUCGUGUUGCAAAACAAUUGAUCGUAGUUCGAACGUAGGAUGUCGGGUACGUAGGACGUGCCGAUAAAGAAGACAGAGACUGCGAGAGAACGCAAGGACACGGGAGAAACAGCGUUUAUUAUUACAUCGUGUAUUAAUGUACAAUCGUGUACAGAAACUGUGACCGUUUCUCGAGACCGUGUGCAAGCACCGGCCACGUUGCUGUUGGUCCUCUCGCCGAGAAGUCGGUGAAUGUGUUUUCUGUCAUUGAAUGCGAUAAUACCAACCGAGGGAAUUUGAAACGGUGGAAAAAUCGAUUUUACGCGCGGAGACGAUCGGCUCGAGUUUCAACCGAGUUUCUCGAAGUUCGAUGGAUAAGCGGGGAGGAUGGUCAAAAAAAAAAAAUAGUCAUUGAAAAUUGAUAUUUGAUCGUGACAACUAAGAAAGAAAGAUAUUCUCCAUAUUCGACCGUUACGGUCAGCGAUGAUAAGACGAGAAAAUAAAACAAUUUGUGCGAGGAGCGAUUACAUAAAAAAAGAUUAGUAACAUUUACGCAUUUUUGUUAAAUUAUUAUUAUCUCAACAGAAAUCACAAUAUCAUCUCGAAUUAGAGAAACGAUAUUUCUGUUAUGCGUCAAUGAAAAAAAAUGGGAGAUAAAUGGUUGCAAUGAAUCGUGAUAUAUUUAUGUGCAAAUGUAUCCUAUUAUUUUGACUUUUCACAUUAGAUUUUGUUCGAAAAUUGGCGACCGCAUUGUUUACAUAACGAUAGAGGCAUUCGUUCGAUGAUCGGUGAUCGUCGCGAUCACCGAUCAGUAAAAACUUGUAUAUCAAAUAUAGUUAUUUCGUUGGACGCGCGGAGAAGAGGGAAAAGGAAGGAAGGAAGAGAGAAAAGGAAGGAAGGAAAAGGAAGCAUCGCGCGUGCGCGAAAGAAUGGCCGAUUUGAUCUGUUUUUUGUUGGCAAUGUUCGGCCAAUUGCUCGUUCGCGAGAGCAAAGGCAGCCUAGUUGGCGUAGAGCUCGACGAGACUGGACAAAAAUUUCUCAACGAAUAUUUGUCUUUCGACGAUGGAAAGUAUCUUGCAAAGUUGCAAGAGUUCGAAGAUACAGCGAUUGAGCUUGAUCUGAUCGAUCAGAAGAGAAAACAUCGACCGAUGCAUCAACCGCCUAGAGUCCUUUAUCAAAUCGGGGACAGUGAAGACGAACUGCCCGAAUGUUCGGACCGAAGUGAAGUUUGCAGCAAGGUGGAUUUAUACGGAUCGCCUUGGGUCGAGAGGCAAUGCCGUUGUCCGGAUGGUCGUACUUGUCCCAGUAGUUUACACGGAGAUGACGGGCAUACGAUAGUUGAUAAAACACGGCAGUACAAGCUUUGCGAGCCGGUGAAACGUCUACCCAUCUGUCGUUACUUCAAAGACGUCACAUGGACCUUAGCUCCUGGAGGGGGGCCAGCUAAUGCAACGGUUCAGCGAGUUUAUUGCCGAUGCCGGCCGGGCAGCGUACCUUAUCUAGUUCGAAGACAAGCCUAUAGGUCUUCCGAGGGAAACCCAGGAUUUAUUUAUGCAUUUGCCUGCUCUCCUCAAAGCAGAUUACGUUGUCAACACAAAGAACCUUGUCGAUUGUUUACUGUACGAAAGAGACGGAGUUCCCAGCUUGAAGAGGUAAAUGCAUCGCCUCUUUGUCAGUGCCCAAAAGGUCAUCGAUGUCCAAGAAGGCACACCGACCCGGGUUCACUUCCAGCAAGAUCCUAUUCCGGUGCAUUAGAGAUUAAAACGUACAGUGGAUAUUGCGUACCCUCGCAAUCGCAUCAUUCUGAAGCGAUUUAUAACGUUUGAAUUUAAAAAAUUUAAAACGUAUCGCACUAUUAUGAAUAUACGUAUAAUGAAAUAAGAGAAAACAUCCGUUUGUGAUAUUUGUGAUCGGCAUGUGCAUUGUUGAUUUAUGAAACUGUCAAAGCAUACUUUUUCAAACAAGAAGAAAAUCACGGAAAGCGAUUGAUCCCAACUUUUGUAUCAAACUUGGAUCUUUUUGAAUAAUUGCCGUUCAUUUUGAAUCUAUAAGUUUACCGUCCAGAGAGAGAGAGAGAGAGAGAGAGAGAGAGAGAGAGAGAGAGAGAGAGAGAGAGAGAGAGAGAGAAAGAGAA